AUGGCGUGGUUCAUGAGGGGUGUCCAGAGUGCCGUCUUCCACUACGCGUCGUGUGCCCCCUGCACCGGCUACACCGAUGGCAGGAAGAGACGGAAAGCCGCAAAGCAGGCCAAAAAAGUACGAGAGAAACUGCAGCUGGAAGACCCAGAGUCGUAUUACCAUCCAGAGCCCACUGGUACCAAUCCAUACUGGGGGGAAGAGAUCGCCAUGGGCCCGGGUCCGCCGCCUCGAAGAGCACGGAGGACGAAUACGGGCAAUACGAGUAGCACACGAGGCAUCACCACAGCGGAGACACGGAGCUCAGCUAUGAGCAAGGGUGGAAGCAGCUUGGAUGUCGCGAGGCCGGGCGAUAUGCGACUCAGCGACGAUACGCUCGAGGACGACAAUUGGAACCGCAAACGCUACCAGAGGGAAGACGAGGACCUAUGGGGCCACGAGGACCCGCCAAUUCCCCUCCAGCAUACCCUCUCUGGCUCGUCGGUAGGCGUGGCAGGCUUCCCACUGCGAAGACCAGCCACUUCCACAACAGGAAGCUACUACUCGGCCCGCGCCCCUCCUGUCAACGAACUCCAUCCACCAGUCGUCAGUCUUCCGUCCCCAGACCCGGCCGACAACCGCUGGAUGCUCCAGCCGCCGCCCAAGGCUAGUGUCAUGUCGGGCAAAGAGCGAGCUUCGAAUCGAAGUCGGAGUGGUAGCGGCGCAAGCAGCCGCGUAGAGCUCAGCUUGCAGCGCCAACUCAACACAAAGCAGGUGCAGCAGAGGCUCGAACGCGGAGAGACUCCGGAGCUGCCUUCGAUAUCGCCUAUGAGCUCGUACAGUAAUCUGGUGGCUGGACAGCGGCAUGAUAAGUCCCAUACGCCGCAGGCACGACCGCCGAGCUCCAAUGGCUCCAAGAGAAGGAAGAAGAAGAGGGACACUACUGUCUCGCGGACAGACACGGCCAUGACGCGAACAGAUACCAUGAGCACACAUCAUUCAUCCGGCGAUUCGAGCGACACCAUUGUACGAGGGAGGCCCGUACCACGAACCGCUCCCAUUCCUGACAUCGAAGUCACACGAGUUCGCCAGAACCGCCCUUGUCUCUCGACUAUAGUCUCCAGCGGCUCAGGAGCCAACGACCUCUCACUAUCCUCAGUACACGGGUACGAUAGACUCGGUAGUAGUGACCAAAACGCCCUCCUCGAGCUACCCACGCCCGUACAUCACCGAGUUACAUCAACACCAUCAUCAGACUCAACACCCUACCUUAUGAAUCAUGACGCCCCCCUCUCCUCCUCGGAUAUCUCCUCUCUCAACGUACUCCAAGAUCUCGUCUCCCCCCGCGCUCUUCUAAACUCAAGAUUUGUGUCGGCGCCGUUGGUGGAAGCCAAAAUCCGGCUGCCACCUUCUGCGGAGAAUUUGAAACGAGAUCAAGUGUGGAAUGGCAGUAGAUUUGGCGUUUCACGCGGUUGGGACGCGGGUCAGGCGAAUGAGCAGAUCAGAGUACCGUUUGAUAACUUGGGACCCCCGCAUCGCGACCCGAGACUGAGAUGGAGCGUCGACUUUUAA